AUGAGCGGUAAUCCAGGAUUGAAGUCACUCAAGGGCAUGGUAUCUGCUAAACUGCAGAAGAAUGGCAAGAAGAGCAAAAAAGCCAAACGCAGCCCUAGACCAGAGAGAGAUCUCGAAGCUAAACUGUCCACUAACGAUGAAAGUGAUAUAUUACAUCGUGAGGCCAUAGAACUUGGAGCUACGGAGGAGGAUAUUAAGCUUGUAAAAGAUCUAGAAGAUCAAGAUGAAGAGAAACUCAGCGAACAAGAGUUUGGACCAUCUGCAGAUGAGGAUGAAGAUACAGAAUUUCAAGAUGAUUUGCAGUCUUUUUUGAAAACUCUUGGACUUGAAAAAACACAAGUGGAUAUCGUUAGUGAUACUGAGGUUGAAGAACCCGAUCAAAAAGCCGUAAGAGAGGAAGAGGGAAAGCCUGUGGAAGAGGACGAAGACGGAGAGAGCGAAUUAAUCGAAGCUUCACUUAGUUCAGACCCAAACUCAGAAGCGGACCCUGAAUCGAGUGAAGCAGAAGUCUCUGAACACGAGGAGCCAGAAGAUAAACCUAAAGAAAAGAAAAAUAGUGGAUUUAUAGCCCAAAAUGACAUGGUUGAUUCUGAUAAACUGAUUAUUUCGUUCGAUAAAGUAUGGUAUGAAUUGCCCUUAGACCCUCAAUUGGAAAGGAAUAUGAAUGACAAUGACAUAGAAUUAACAGCAGAGCAAAUCACAAAGCUUUACGAAAGAGGUAAGGAAACUUUGGAAAAAGAUAACGAAACAUACUAUGCUGAAUUCACUAAAGAGUCAUCUCAGAAAAAGUUUAUGUCGCAGAUUCUCACUGGUGGUACGUUGAACGAUAAAAUAUCAGCUUUAACAUUACUUAUUCAAGAAUCUCCAAUACACAAUAUUAAAUCUUUCGAAACCCUUCUUUCAUUUUGUAACAAGAAAUCGAGAAAUUCUAUUUUGCAAAGUGUCAACGCACUUAAGGAUUUAUUCCUAAAUGGACUAUUACCCGAUAGAAAACUAAGAUAUUUUAAAAACCAGCCGGGCUUAUCAAUGAUGAUUAAUAAAAAAUCCUUGGCAAUUUUCUACUUUGAAGAUUACUUGAAGAAAAAGUUUUUCCAAAUUCUAGAAGUUUUCGAGAAAUUAUCUCAUGAUCCUAUCAUUCAUGUGAGAUUGCAAUGUUUGAAUCAUAUGUAUGAUCUUUUAUCUGCGAAACCAGAGCAAGAAUUCAAUUUAUUAAGAUUAAUUGUCAAUAAAAUAGGUGACAUUGAUGCAAAAGUUUCAUCAAAGGCGUCAUUCCUUUUAUCGAAAUUGGAGCAGGCUCAUCCAAAUAUGAAAAGUGUUAUUAUUGACGCAAUAGUGGAUGUUGCUCUAAAGCCUAACGCUGAUUAUCAUACAACAUAUUACUCUGUAAUCACUUUGAAUCAAACUAUAUUAAAAAGAGCAGAAGAUUCAGUUGCCAAUAAGCUAAUAAAAACGUACUUCACAUUAUUCGAGAAGUUUUUAUUAAACACUGAUGCUGAUAAUGUUGAAGAUGGAAACAAUGAAGGUAAUGAAAAAUCUGCCGCCCAGGGAUAUGAAGCAAGAAGAAAGAAAAAUUACAAAAAGGGCAAAAAAGGUGGUAAAUCCGUUAAGGGAGACAAGACUGAAUCUGAAUUGGUGAGCGAAAAGAAUUCCAAAUUAUUCAGCGCAUUAUUAACUGGUGUUAAUCGUGCAUUUCCGUUUGCUCAACUUUCCGCAAAAGUUUAUGAAGCACAUUUGGAAACUCUAUUCAAAAUCACACAUUCCUCAAACUUCAAUACAUCAGUGCAAGCACUUGUAUUGAUCAACCAGGUUGUUUCCAAAGCUCAACUGGAUAACGACAGAUACUACAGAACACUGUAUGAGAGUUUAUUGGAUCCAAGAUUAAUAUCCUCUUCGAAGCAGGGUAUCUAUUUGAACUUACUUCAUAAAUCUUUGAAACAGGACUCCCAAAAUGUUUCAAGAGUGGAGGCAUUUGUGAAGAGAAUCUUACAAGUUUGCGCACAUUGGAUAAACAUGGGUACAAUUGCCGGCUUUUUCUACUUGUUACUGCAGUUGGUAGACUUUAUUCCACAAAUAAAAAAUUUACUAAUCAAUACUCCCACUGAUUACGAAUACCAAUCUGAUGACGAAACUACCGACAAGGAUAAUUUCAAGAAAAGAGAGGUAUAUGACAGUCGUAAACGUGAUCCUAAAUUUGCCAAUGCUGACAAAUCUUCAUUAUGGGAGAUAAAUUACUUCACAAACCAUUUCCAUCCAACAAUCCAAUUGUACUCACAAGCUUUUAUCGAGAAUAAAAAAGAUGAAACCACCAAACCAGAUCUUGGCCUAUAUACAUUAGCGCAUUUUCUGGAUAGAUUCGUUUACAGAAACUCCAAACAGAAAGCUAAUGUCAGAGGUACGUCUAUCAUGCAACCGUUGUAUGGAGGGUCAAAAUUGGAGUCCAAUCUGUUGGUUAGAUCAACCGAUUAUGUCAACAAAGAGAUACCUGCCAAUACAGAGAAUUGGUUAGACAAAAAGGUGGAAGAUAUUAAACCUGACGAAAGGUUCUUCUAUCAGUACUUCACCACGAAACAAAACGCAAUGAAGAAAGCCCAAGGCACACAACAGGUAUCCCAUGACGGCAGCGACCUGGACGAAGAUGAUGUUUGGGAUGCCUUGGUCAAAUCAAGACCUGAUGUGGAAGAUGAUAGCGGGGAUGAAGAUGGUUUCAACUUCGACGACGAAGAGUUAGAUAUGUCGAGUGGAGAGGAGGAUCCAGAAGAAGAAAUUGAUGCAGCAAGCGAGGUCGAGGAGCAAGACAGUAAUAGCGACGAUGACGAAUUUUUCAGUUUUGCCGAUGAAGACGAUCUCGAAGGUUCCGCAAAAAGAUUACAUGCAGAACUCGAGGAGGGCUCAUCAGAAUCGGUUUCCGAGCCAGAGUCUGAAUCCGAAUCGCUACAGCCUCACUCUGCCUCCGACUCCACCAGUAAAUCGGGCGGAACUAAGGCGCACAAACUGAAGAACAAAAAGCAAAGGUUAGGAGACCUGCCUUUGUACGGCUCUAUAGAAGAUUAUGCCAAAUACUUGGAUUCUGAUAAAGAAGACUGA